UGUCAAUGCAACGCCCCUCGCCAGGGACGACAGAGCGGAAGGAGUGAGUGUGUGAGAAAGAACGAGGAAAAAGAGGAGUGUGGGCAGACUGAGUGCCGGGAGAGGCAUAGAGGGAAAGAAAGCCAAGUCGGGAAGUGACAGAAACCAGAAUUUUGGUUGAGUUGUAGCGACUUAGGAAAGAGACUCCAGCUUCCCUCCCCAAUAUUGAGUGUUCGGAGCGGCUCGAUCAAACGCAGCACACUGCUCUGAUGAUCAUGACGGCAGCUGUCGAUAUGAAGCCGACGUUGACAAUCAUAAAGGCUGAAAAAAUGGACGAUCCGGAGUGUGGAGAUGUUCCCCUGCUAACUCCUGGAAGUAAAGAAAUGAUGUCCCAAGCUCUAAAGGCUACUUUCAGUGGCUUCACCAAAGAACAACAGCGACUGGGUAUCCCCAAAGACCCCAGACAGUGGACAGAAAAUCACGUCGCAGCGUGGCUAACGUGGACUGUGAACGAGUUCAGUCUGAAGAACGUAGACUUUGACAGAUUCUGCAUGAAUGGUGGCAGCCUGUGCGCCAUGGGCAAGGAGCGGUUCCUGGACUUAGCACCUGACUUUGUGGGCGACAUCCUUUGGGAGCAUUUAGAAAUGCUUCAAAAAGAGGAUACAAAGCAUUACCCCAACAACGGACUGACCUCCAACUUCCAGGAAUCCCGUUAUACCUCAGACUACUUUGUCAGCUAUGGCGUUGAGCAUGCCCAGUGCGUUCCCCCCUCUGAAUACUCGGAGCCCAGCUUCAUCACAGAGUCCUACCAGACGCUUCACCCCAUCAGCUCAGAGGAAUUACUGACGCUCAAGUACGAGAGCGAAUACCCUGCUGUCAUCCUACGGGACACGCCCCUCAAUCCCCUGCAGGGCGACUACUUCUCUGUCAAACAGGAGGUGGUAUCCCCUGACAACAUGUGUGUGGGACGUCUGAGCAGAGGUAAGCUGGGUGGCCAGGACUCUUUUGAAAGUAUCGAGAGCUUUGAAAGCUGCGACCGUCUGACACAGUCCUGGAGCAGCCAGUCGUCGUUCAGCAGCCUACAGCGGGUACCUUCGUACGACAGCUUCGACUCGGAGGAUUACCCCACGGCCUUGCACGGCCACAAGCCCAAGGGCACCUUUAAAGACUAUGUGAGGGAACGUUCGGACCUCAGCAAAGACAAACCUGUCAUUCCAGCCGCGGCACUGGCAGGAUACACAGGCACGGGCCCCAUCCAGCUGUGGCAGUUUCUCCUGGAGCUGCUGACCGAUAAGUCUUGCCAGUCCUUCAUCAGCUGGACAGGCGACGGCUGGGAGUUCAAGCUUUCCGACCCAGAUGAGGUCGCUCGCAGAUGGGGAAAGAGGAAAAACAAGCCCAAAAUGAACUAUGAGAAGCUGAGCCGUGGCCUACGCUACUACUACGAUAAGAACAUCAUCCACAAGACGUCGGGGAAGCGCUACGUGUACCGCUUUGUUUGUGACUUAAAAAGCUUGCUGGGCUACACUCCUGAGGAGCUGCACGCCAUGUUGGACGUAAAGCCUGACACGGACGAGUGAAAAUCCACAAAAACAAAACAAAAAAGACAAUGAAGCCACAUGGACUGGCAUUCAUUAAGUGGUCUUAACGAACCUAUAUUUGUGGGGAGGGGGAAGGGGUGAAAAUGUUUUUCAUGACUAACUGGGUUUGUCACGGUUGCGCGCUCGUAUGGGGUUUUAAAAGAGGACGCAAAGUCAAAAGCCUGUAUUCAUACCCUGUUGCGUUGGAGGUGUGAUAUAUAUUCUGCUCGUACUUUUGCGGAUGUAGGUUCCACCGUGCUGGUGGAGCACAAGGCAAGAGGACCAAGACAAAACAAUUGUUUUUUUUUUGUUUUUUUUUUUAUUUUUUUUUUUUAAGCUUGGACCAAAAAGCGUUAAGGUGAUAAGUAUUAUUUUACUGAUGCUGACAGCAGCCCAUGCGACCCCAGCAGCAGGCAUACUGUAUAUGUUGUAAAAUGUAUCGAAAAUGAAGGUAUAACAGUGGAACCAAACAAGUAUAACUGUAGAAGCCUUAAGGAGGAGCAUACUGAUGGGAUUGGAUGGUGCGAGAUUACUCAUACCAAGAGUGUCUGCGAGACAACUGAAAGUAGCCGUUGCUUCUGAAACUCCUUUUUACGUGCUUGCUUUCUUGUCUGAGACACAUUGACUGAACUUUUUAUUUUAUUUUUUUUUUUUUUUUUUUUUUGCAUAUACCAGCAGUAUUAGCAAACGGUAGACAAUCAUAGCGGGGAAUUCUAUGAUUGUUUUAAAGUGUACAAAAAGUUGUCGGUUCACUGUCGUUUUCCGCAGUGUUUAAUUAGUCUUAAAAGUCACAAGUGUAGUCGAGGAAAGAAUUCUCCGAAUGUCUGAAAGCAGAUAUAGGAUUGAGUGUUUGUUGCGGAAAUUGGUAACUGAUAGAAAGGAAGCUGCAUGUGUUGGAUGGAGAGAAGGUGAAGGAAAUCAAUGUGCUCGCGUGAGAAUUUAGUUGGAAAUUGUAUUAAAAGUUAAUCACAGUCCACAAACAAAAUGUGUCAUUUUGGGAAAUAUUAUUUUCAUUAAUGUGAUCCAGGAUUUUCCAAAUUUAGACCCAAAACGAGUGUCCUGUCCCUUGUUAUUGGGCUGCCAUAAAAUGGUGUAAAUUGUAUUUAUUGAUUGUCAAGCAAGCACUCGAUUUCUUGGUAAAGGGCUCUUUGAAUUACAUUUUUUUGUCAAAUAGGGAUGGGAAUUUGACUAAAUAUCGACUAUGAUGAAAAUGAACGAUUAUUAUUUUGUAAUGGUCAGAUUAGAACUGUUCUUUACCAUGUGGAAUUAUUAUUCAUCAUCCAUCCAUCCAUUUUCUGAGCCGCGGGCGUGCUGGAGCCUAUCCCAGCUAUCGUGGGGCAGGAGGCGCUGUACACCUUGAACUGGUUGCCAGCCAAUCGCAGGGCACAUACAACAAACAACCAUUCGCACUCACAUUCAUACUUACGGGCAAUUUAGAGGUGUCAAUUAACCUACCAUGCAUGUCUUUGGGAUGUGGGAGGAAACCGGAGUGCCCGGAGAAAACCCACGCAGGCACGGGGAGAACAUGGAAACUCCACACAGGCGGGGCCGAGGAUUGAACCCCGGUCCUCAGAACUGUGCGGCAGACGCUCUAACCAGUCGUCCAUCGUGCCACCUUAAUAAUAAUCUAAAGUAUUUUUUUUUUUUAGAAUUUGAUGUUUCUUGGAGUGUACUGGACUCCCUUGUUCGAUGCCAGUGGCAUAUUGCUCAGCAUAAUGGAGUCACCGUAGCGUGGAUGUAGCUCAACGGCAAGCCAGAGCUGACUUCAGCAGAUGUCAUGUUGCUGCAAGUGGUUGAGCCAAAUCGUGCACUCCAUUUUGCCUCAAUUUACGAUUAAUCAACAACCAAUUCCACACAAUCACCUCUUAACGAUCAGUUACUUAUUGUUGUGUCCAUAUCUAAAGUUAUCAUGGCAUUCAUGAUGUACUUUACCAAGUUUGACUUUAAUUCUACCCUAAAUUUUAACCUUUUCUUAUUUACCCAUUAAAUAUAUAAAUUUCAUUGGAUUGCAGCGCAUUACUUUUUGUAGGAAAUCCUACUAAAUUCUCAUGAGAACCCGCUCAGGAAAUAUGUGUAUACUCUGAAAAUGAAAGUUGUAGAGGGAGCAUAUGAUUCCAUCCAUGUAUGUUCGUGCAUAAAGAUUCACUGGUUCCAGAUGAGAUUGGCAACGAUUGGCAAGCGGGCUGUACACUGGCUUUAUGGGAAAUGCCAAAGUUGAGCAUCAUCUUAUAAAUACAAUGUUAUUGUUUACAGUAGCUGAAUGUUACCCAUAUUGAUGAAAAUAGCUUUGGAGAUGUCUAUUUGUACAGAUUGUGUUUCAUAAAGCAUCACUGAGAUCCGGAUUACGCAAACAAGCAAGCGACAAAGCCGGAAUAAUAACCAAAAAGCCUUGUGAGGUCUUUUGGAUGUAAUGCUUUGUGCAUGGAACCAAAAGAUGGGAGGACGGGGACCGCGAUUCUCUCACACCCGGCUUUAGCACAAAGAAAUAAUGUAUUUAGCUUAUAGGGGUCUCCCACUAACUGUUUCAAUUGAUGUUUCAUUGGGAAGAUUUUUGUCCAGCCAUCUAUAGCACUGACUCAUAAACAGACGACACCAAUUCGGUCCGCAGCUGUUUAUCAUUAGCUACACUUUUUUUUUUUUUUUUUUUUUUUUCCCCCCUAAAUGUUUAAAAUACUGUUUUCAUAUCAGCUCCCAUGUUAAGUAAGAAGAGGAACUAAUCCGUUGACAAGCGGUUUCAGCAUUUUCAGAGAACAGUUGGCCUUUUAAGUUUCAAAUGCGGGGAGUAAAUCUCUUGAAAAUGUUACAUUUUACAGCGAUUUUUGGUCUCACAGAUCUACUGUAUGUCUUAAGAGAACAUUAGCUUACCCUCACCCUUAGUUUGUUGCAUAUGCAUAUCUCCCCAAAAAGGAGUCAGAAGGAAAACCUUUUUGUUUUUGUUGUUUUUUUUUUUGGUAUGUUUUAUAGUAUUUUUGUUAUGAGAUCCUUUUUUUAUUGUAUUUAGUUCACAAACAUUUGAAUAUUUUUUCAAUAAUUUAUAUUUUAUAUAAAAAGAUUUGCAGACAUCUGGUGCUUUCAUGGGAUAUUAAAGGUAGCACAAGAUUGAACAAUGUAGCGAUUUUUCUUUGUUUUUAAUUUCAUUUAUUUGUUUUUUGUUAAAUAUAAAAUAGAUCUGUCUGCAAGAGAAAAAGGCUGAUGCUGGCCCAUCAAUGAUUUCUGCUGGAAAGGUUUUAUAAACUGUAGCCUCUAUUUCUAAAAUGUACUUAUUGUACUUCAAAAAUGUUAUAAAAUAUAUGUCAACAAUU